AUGGCCUGGCAUAACUUCCACCGUGAGCAUACAGCUUUUGCAACACCUUUCCGGGGCCAAGACGUGCACUACCCUGACUUCUGGCGUUCUCAUCAUGGCACGCCUUUCGACACUUUCACUGCGGAGCGGAACGUCGCUUCGGGCAAUCCAUUCCAGGUCCUGUUGGAUACCACGAUUGAGAGGUGCGGCGAUCUUGGCUGGACGCUGGACUAUGCGACUGCUUGGUGCUAUAGACAUCUUGUUAGCAGUCAGCCUUUGAUCGCCGAUGCGAUCGACACGAUUCGGGAAAUGUACGAGAACUUUGACUACUACACUCCAUACCGCAUCUUCGACUUUCUGGACGAGGCGAUCUUCGACCGUAAGCUCAAAGAGAUGGUCUUUCUGCACUGGACGAAACAUCCCAACUGCAGCACAGGGACUACAUACGCACCCAAGGUCAUUGGCAUACCUCGUAUUGUCAUCAAGCUCAAUGCUGGAUCGUUCAUGGACGAUGAGUGUGACAUUGAUGAUUUGCUCGAUGCGCUGAUACAUCAGAUGAUACAUGCUUACUUCUUGACCUGCUGUGGUGCGCAGAAGAAAGGGGAGAAGGCAGACGGUCGGCUUAUGGAUGGGAUACAUUUCGGCGUAAUACAGAUGACCAUCCGCGACGUGUCCACGCGCUGUGUAGACGGCCCACUGAAGCUCAUCUUUCACGCCAUGAAGCGACGAGACCUAGACCAAGAAGACGACCUACCGCCCAACAUGCUAAUCCCACGUGGUCCCGUCUUCCCUCCAAACUACCGCGCGAGACAAGAGUUCAUCGCAAUCGACCCUCGCGGCAGCGCAGUCGGCCCCGUCCCUGCCGAUGGCCAAACGCACUGCCUCCACGACAACCGCAAGAUCCGCAAAGAACAGAUCAAAAACUGGCAAGUAGAAGAAUACUCCAAAGCCCUCGACCUCAGCCUCGCCGAACUCAAAGGCGAGAAAAUUUGGGACUGGGACAAAACCGGCCUCCUCGUGGAAGGUGACCGCGUCAAAGCAGAGUCUUCCGCUACGUAUGCUGAGCUCGUCUGGAACAAGAAACGCGUCAUGGUCUCCCGAGAAAAAGCUCUCGCCUACGCAAGUAUUGUGAAGCCAUUGAAGAAACACGGCCUCUACGAACUCGAACUGCCCCCCUGCGACCUCGACAUCUUCUCCUGCAUCUACGACUUCAUCACCAAACCGGGCCACUACCGCUACGAAACCAACGCCCACGCCGUCCGCGACGAAUACAUCGCCGCCCGCAUCGUGGCUGAAGCCCCCGUCCUUUUGCUGGAAGAUACCAGCGAGCGGACGUUUGAAAUCAAACUCGAUAAGAACCCGCCAAUCAUGACACAUCUGAAAGUCUUCCACGCCGCGGAAGAAAUCAAGUUUGAGGAACUCAUGCGUUAUGCUCUCCAACGUCUCUAUCGCGAAACGCAAAUGAGCGAAGAUCCCAUUCAAGCACUAGAAGUUCUCUAUCGUGUGCACGCGUCCCAGCCUGCUGCGGAGAAGGGAGGGCCGAUCUCUAGCGAGCUGCACAAAUGGGCGCGCAAGUUCCUACUCCGCCGCGACGACGAUGGUGACUUUGAUGGGACGGGGAUGUCGAACUGCGAUAAACUACUAGCCUGGCAUCGGGAACGGUUCCAGGGCUUGUAUCAUAAGUGUCCCGCCUUUCAGGACGAUGUCAUCAUCGCCGGAACCAUCCAGUACGCCGGAGGCGAGUUUGAUCCGUGUGAUCCGAUUGCGAAUAUUGAGAGGCCGAUUCAGGAGCCGGUGUGGGGGGUGGAUUUUACUCGAGACAUGGCAUGUUGGGGCCGUUGA